UGACUAUCAAAUAAAUUGUGUUCACGGCUAAUAAACCUAACGUUACGAUACCUUCAUAAAAUGUUGUUGUUAGUUAAUAUAGCUAAUCUACAAUAUGGUGGUACAAUUGUUAAAUGGUAUCCGUUGAUUUAAUGUGCGUUGCACGGCACUAAAUAAACUAACAUUAUAUGAAUCUAUGUACAGGUCAUGAAGAUUUCACAAUAUAUCAUUCAUCAUUUUAACAAAGGAGCACCUUUCAUCUUCAAUUUACACCAUUCAAUAUUCUGAUUUCUAAAACCGCUUCCAUGUUUGUCAGAAUGAUUAGAAACAAUUCACACAUACUUAUUGUGCCAGAUUGCGAUGUAAAAGUAGGGCUGACGGCAUUUUCAACGCAAACACGCGGGCGAAUAAAUAGUGUUUGUAGCGCUUUUUCUGCUGAUUAGGUUUCAAUAUCAGAAAGCAUUCACAUCGUCAAUAACCAUGGUGAAAUAUAGAACGGUGUGCCUGUGCCUAAUGCUCGUGCUGGGUGCAUCAAAUGGGCAAGGCAUUUAUCCGGACUAUCUGGAUACAAAUAUUUUUGACCCGCAAAGCUCUUCUGAGGAAAUGAUAUCGCCGGAUAAUGACGUGCCAAGUUCAUUAUGGUACAGUACUUCAUACAGUUUACCACUCUCGCCACAAUUUAUAGAUAGAAACUUGACUGGAAGCUGUACUAAUACUUCCACAAUCGUGUGUACCGGAUGUCGACGCGUGCGCGUCUGCAUUCCAGGGAUCAGUGACCAGUCAUUGUUGCCGGAAAACAAUUGUCCCUCGGGCACGUACUGUAAUUCGAUCGAUGCUGGUACCAGAGGAGCAUGCCUGGCUACUGUAGAUCCCUUGUUUCCAGAGUGCAGAUAUACUACAGGAAUCGGCGAGGGUAAUGGAGCAAAUAGUGGCAACAAAGUUGGUUUACUUUGCACGGGAUUGGGAGUAUUUCCCGAUCCCCAGGAUUGCAUGAAAUUCCACUACUGUACAUCUGUUGGAAGCUACGCCCGGUUAUUCAAAUGUCCGUCGGGUUACGUAUAUAACUCGAAAAAGAAAACCUGCAGCAGAAACACUCGAUGUCAAACGGUACGAUGUCGUCCAAAUGGAAGAUCUAUAUUUAUACCGUUUCCGCAGGAUCCUACAUACUAUGCGUAUUGCAAUUACAACCGUCGCCGAAAUCGACCAGUGUUGAGGAACGUGGUGGUGUACAAAUGUACCGAAGGCUCGGAAUUUAAUUCAUUGUCUAACAGCUGCGUAUUUAAGUGCUCGAGGGAAGGUUUUUUGCCAAAACCCGGCGAUCCCACGAAAUUUUACUGGUGUCGAAGAGUUAGUGGCAAUUUGUUUGGGUAUGAGCAAGUGUGUCCAGGUUUGGGAUCUUUAUUUAGUGCCAAGCUUGGAAUUUGUUUACCACCACUUGUCACCACCACUACGGAGAUGUCGCAAAUGAUGAGUGAAAGUAGUUCCACUACUGAAUUAAUCGAUCAGCAAACAGAGAGUUCAAAUUUACCAACCGGGUCAGACGAACCAGUGCAGCUUCCUCCUUGGCCUCAAUGGUCCUCAUUUCCCGUAUCGUUGUAAUAUGUAAUGCUACCAUUGCGACAUUGACAAUAUAAAUGAAAUGAUGGAGGAUUCUGUCGUCUCAUCUAAUACCAAUUAUCUAGUCUGGACAGUUCCUCCGUUAGCAAGGAUUGACUAUCUGGAUGCUUAGUAAAAUAAGUCUAAUGAUCAAUGUCUAGUAUUUGCGCGCUAAAACCAUCAAGAAUUUAAAAAAAUAGAUUUAGUAGUGCUGCUCAUUUAAAUACUGUGAAAUAUUAUCAGUUUUUAUAUUCAUCACCAGAUUCAUUUGUUAUAUCUAUUAUCAUGGGUCAAGUGUACAAUACAGUAAAAAAAAUCUGAAUUCAAUUAUUUUGUGUAUGAUAUACGCUUAUGCUUACCACUUCUUUCUGAAAAAAGAUAAAAUAAAUAUGUUGUCGGAGAUUUACAAAAAACCACAAAAAAGAAAAGAGAAAUCUUGUUCCCGUAUUAUCUAUAAUUGGAGCGUGUUGUUGUAAAAUGAUUAAAUUGACUUAAACCUAUCGAUGUUAUGGAUAGUUUCUCUUAAAAAAGAAAUUCAAUGCAAUUAAUGCACGUUAUAAAAUUUGGGAACUAGAUAGACGUGGGUCAUACAAUUCAUUUCUCGAUCCGACCUGGAGUCGGUUUCGAGCCUGUUUUAAUAAAUUUCGACUCGGCGAUCCAGCGGGUGCGUUAGGUUGGAGUCGGAAACAAAUCCAACCGGCGGAUGCAACGUGUUCGGGUUGCGCUAAGGUAGGUUCAGUCUGACCCGUGUUUGCGUCCAACUGGUCAAAAAUGUACAGACGGUUUUACCUUACCGAACAGCACCAUAUUUUGUCGAAAUAUUACCACAUAAUUAUUAUAGUUACACCACCCAAUUAAAUUAAAUAAAUACGAAAAAAGAGCAAUAUUUUGGGAGAAAACAUUGAAUAUCGACGUACGCUGAAAUUCGACACAGACGGUUUCUUCGCGGUCAGUAAUAAUAGCGAUUGUCGGAGACACCCUGUGUGAUGAGCUGCACACGGUUUAUGCAAUAAUGCUUUGAAUGAUCGUUUGCAUACUUUUAGGCGUUCCAUUGUGAACUUUGUCCAAUUCAGUCGUGUCAAACAUUCUUGUGUGACACUAGCAGUUGCUGAAGGAAAGGAUUAAAACAACGAUUACAGAAUUCAUUUUUUUAUUUUCCUUAACGUUUGACUUUCGAGUUAUAACCUAUUUUCAAAACCUGCUUUUUUAUAAAACCCACGAUUUAUAGACUGUUUCGCAAAUCUUUUUUCUGCAUCUUAAAAAUGUUGGCACAUUGCCAACACAUUUUGGAAACUAUUCAAUUAUAUUGUGGACAACAUUUGUGAUACUAAUCAGUAUUUAGUAAUAACUAAGCAAUCUUCUGUUGUAGUUGGAGGUAUAAGUUAUCGUCAUCAAUAAAUGAUGAGACGGAUUCAAGCAUCAAAAUCAUUGGAAAACUAAGUGGUAGAAACCAUGGAAACCAGGUAUUUCUUUGAAAGCGGAAGAUUAAACUAAAAUUUGUUUCCGAGCUACACAGUUCACGGCUUUGACAGAUUCAGAAAACGGUAGUUUUCUGAGUUUAAAAGUUCUCGGAGAAAAUUAUACCUUUUUGACACAUGGAUAGACGACAGUAAAAAAAGUUUUUUUACAUCUUAAAACCGUGUAAUGCUUCAAACUAUAUUUACUUUAAGCAAAAAUUGUAUUAAUGUAUAAGACCAAUCAAUUUAAUCAAAGUUACUUUUUAUGCACAAAAAAUUUUUAUUUUUGUUGAAAAGCAUACAAAUUAUACGAAUAUUCGAAUCUUCGGUGCGCAUUAAUGACGUAACUCGAUAACAGAUUACAUCAAAUGGGUCAAAUUUUCCACAGCAAAUUAUGAAAGAUUUUUUUGUAAUUCGUUGUAAUUUUAUUUCCCUUGGUAAAGUUUUUCAACUAAACGAAAAUAAGUGUUUUUAUUCAACAUUUUCUUUUGUCAAGACUGAGGUGCUAUGAUGAAACAUUUAAUGACACUGGUCGGGUGCAGAUGAUUUAUUUGUUUCCAUUUCGUGUGCUAGGUUUUAUUUUGUUAUCGCGAUAA